AUGAAGAGCUUCAUUCCCGCGUUCCUUGUUGCCUGCGCUGGCGUUGUUUCGGCAGCUGCCGUCGACGCCACCGCUGCCGAUGUCCAACAGACUGAUGUUGACGUCUCGCCUCCUUACCCAGUCGGUCGUCUGGGAUGGUACGGAGCUGUGACUGAAGGUGGCCCUGCUGUUUACUACGAGGGAGAUGACUUGACCGACAUCGACGCCCAAAUCAAGUCUGAUCAUCCCGAAGUGUCCCUUUUUGAUGGCACAAUGGAAUUCUCCGACAACAGCACCGCUGUCGGUGUCCCGGACGGCGCUUCAUUCGGCGGAUCAGAGGUGGUUCGACUGGAUGAGCGGGAGUUGGAAACCCGUGACGACAGAUACAGGAACGAGUGUGAUAAGCCUUGGGGAGGCAUCACCUACUGGGACUUGGACAAGGGUGUCAGGCAUCUCAGAAGUGUCAGCAGAUGCGUUGUCCAAGCCAGGCAGUGCAUCAGGACUACCUGCGACGGCACCUCUGCCACUGUGUUUUGCAACGACAACACAUAUGCUAUCGACAUGGCUUGCAGUCACUUGGCAAACAUGAUUGAGGACGUCGUGUCAGGUUGCGUCCUGACCACCGUCAGUGCCAUUUUCCAGCCCUCUGCUCAGCGCUUCAACGUCGACAAGGGAUACAAUGUCAUCACUGCUACUUGCCGCUUUUUCAGCUCCAGUGGCCAGCCGGUCUAA